AUGUUGGCUGCAGCGCACGCACAAAAGGCAUUUGCGGUUCGCCCGUGGGAAAGAGGACCACCGAAUGCUAACAAUGGAUUCCAACCGCUUCAAGUACAUCGCGUUGAUUGUGGACUAUGGACUCCAUGGAAUGCUUGCGACCAGUCAGGAUAUCAGUUCCGAUGCCAUAGGUGUUUAGUCAAGAUUAAUGGACCCAGACAUAAUUCCGAUCCUCCAACACAUCUCCCUCCGGAAUACAUGAAACAAUGGGAACAAACUACCAGAGCUGUACGACAACCAGAUCCGGAUGAAAUUACCCAAAUUGUAUGGCAGCGCAGACCCUGUGUUAAUGGAUCACAUGAAGUUAACGGCGUUCCUAAUCGAAUGAAUGCCCCCCCGAUGCAACCUAAUUCUAUACCCGUGGGAGCUCCUAAUCCUAGAUCUCCGGUGGGUCCUAAUUCUAUACCCGUGGGAGCUCCUAAUCAUAGAUCUCCGGUGGGUCCUAAUUCUAUACCCGUGGGAGCUCCUAAUCCUAGAUCUCCGGUGGGUCCUAAUUCUACACCCGUGGGAGCUCCUAAUCCUAGAUCUCCGGUGGGUGCUAAUUCUAUACCCGUGGGAGCUCCUAAUCCUAGACCUCCGGUGGGUCCUAAUUCUAUACCCGUGGGAGCUCCUAAUCCUAGAUCUCCGGUGGCUCCUAAUCCUAGACCUCCGGUGGGUCCUAAUUCUAGAACCUCGGCUGUACCUAAUCCUAUACCUGCGACUGCUCCUAAACCUAAAACUCCGGCUGUCCCUAAUCCUAUACCUGCGACUGCUCCUAAACCUAAAACUCCGGCUGUCCCUAAUCCUAUACCUGCGACUGCUCCUACUUCUAGAACCUCGGCUGUACCUAAUCCUAUACCUGCGACUGCUCCUACUUCUAGAACCUCGGCUGUACCUAAUCCUAUACCUGCGACUGCUCCUACUUCUAGACCCGUGGGAGCUCCCCGUGAAAGUCCCAGAAUACCCACCCCAAAGAAAACCCAAAAUGUUAUUAUGGAAGGUAACUCCGCCUCUAAUGGUUCCCAGAGUCCCAGAAUCCCUACUGAUGCUGAAGUUGUGAAUGCAAGAACUCAACUUGAUAUUCUGAAAACUAGUAGUGCCAAAGAAGAUAAAGAAAAAAGCGACCUUGUUGAGUCUUUACGCCUGAAGUUUGAACAGGCAAAGAACGCAGCCAAGCUACCACAGCCUCCGCAUUUACACAAUCAGGCCAUGCAAGAGUUAGCACGUGCUAAAUCAGAAUAUGAUCGAGCAGCUAAGGAAUUGGGGAGACAAAGGGUACGUUCGCAAAUCCGUUUAGAUGUUGCGACGGCCAAAGUGGAUUUGUGUGUAUCUCGUUUCAAUCUAGAGAGCUUAAAAACACGAGUGGUAUCAGAAAACAAAAGUAAAGAAGCUGUUGUGCAGUCACUACGUCAGAAGGCUGCACAAGCAAAGAACGCAGCCAAGCUACCACAGCCUCCGCAUUUACACAAUCAGGCCAUGCAAGAGUUAGCACGUGCCCAAGCAGAAUAUGAUCAAGAGGCAAAGACAUAUGGCAAGCAAAUUGCACGUAAUGAAAUCGGUACCCAGAAAAACACCGUCACAGUAGACUGGCUCAACGAGGUAUUCGAACGUCAUAAUAAAAGAUUAAAAUAUCUUUUAGAAGACCAGGAAAAGGAAGCUAAGGCAGAGGAAAUGCAAGCUGAAAUUGAUCAAUUGAAAGAAACCCUAAAAAAUCAAGGUCCUAAGCAAAACAUCAAAAGCUUGGAGAAUACAAUAGUGAACAAAGAGGCAGAUCUGCAAUCACUACGUGAGGAAGUGCUGAAUAAAAGACGUCUAGAUGAACUGGAUCUACUAGUACGUACGAAGAAGAUAGAAUGGAGGAAGUCACUUGUUGACCUGGAAACGAUACGCCUUAAUAACCUUGUGAAAGAUCAAUAUAUGGAAGCAGAUAUUAUGUCAGAUAAAAAGCGUGCUGAACAAUUACAGAGAGAUGCAGCCACUAAACACGACCCCGGAGUUAUAGCACAAUUGAACAGCCAGAUAGCUUCUACGAAGGCCGGGAUAAGCCGAAAAAAUAACGCACUACAAGCGGAAAGACAUCGAUCAGAAGUCGAAAUCAUGUACCACAUUGCAUUAUCCAGAUGGCGCUACAGUGUUAUGGAAUUAGAGCGGUUGAAGUUGUCACACCUUUUGGAAGAGAAAAAACAAGCAGCUGAAGUUGAAGACAUAAGAGCAAGUAUUGCACAAUUAAAAAGCAGUGUCCCUGAUGCACGUGACAGUGGAGCGAUGCGGCAUUGGACUAUGCAACUUAGGAACAAGGAAUCUGAAUUGAAAGGCAAGGAAAAUGAGCUCAAAAACACGAAGGACCAUGCGGAACAAGAUUUACAAUCAGCAAAUGCUGAGGUCGACAAUCGUAAAAAGCAGUUCGAUGUUGCGGAGAAAAAGGAACAGGUAACAACCGAUGUGAAUCAACAUAAUGUAGCAAAAGUUAAGACAUCACCACUCGUCCUUGAAAAAAACCAAGCCAAGCCUGCUACUCAACAAUCAAGUAACUCCAACAAACUAGUUCCUACAGUCACGCCUAUCGAAGCCAAGCCUGCUACUCAACAAUCAAGUAACUCCAACAAACUAGUUCCUACAGUCACGCCUACUCAAAACGCGAAGCCUGCUACUCAACAAUCAAGUAACUCCAACAAACUAGUUCCUACAGUCACGCCUAUCGAAGCCAAGCCUGCUACUCAACAAUCAAGUAACUCCAACAAACUAGUUCCUACAGUCACGCCUACUCAAAACGCGAAGCCUGCUACUCAACAAUCAAGUAACUCCAACAAACUAGUUCCUACAGUCACGCCUAUCGAAGCCAAGCCUGCUACUCAACAAUCAAGUAACUCCAACAAACUAGUUCCUACAGUCACGCCUACUCAAAACGCGAAGCCUGCUACUCAACAAUCAAGUAACUCCAACAAACUAGUUCCUACAGUCACGCCUACUCAAAACGCGAAGCCUGCUACUCAACAAUCAAGUAACUCCAACAAACUAGUUCCUACAGUCACGCCUACUCAAAACGCGAAGCCUGCUACUCAACAAUCAAGUAACUCCAACAAACUAGUUCCUACAGUCACGCCUACUCAAAACGCGAAGCCUGCUACUAAACAAUCAACGCAAGGUGGAAUCAUGAAGAAUUUGUUAAUGACUGUCGAGAAGGAUGCUCUGAAUGUUGAGAGUGAUGGGGAAUCUUCGGAUAAAUUGGACACCAGAACUCUGAAAAACGUUACUAAAUCUGAGGAUAUACGAAUUGCUAAUUCAUCAGCAACCAUUAAACCUCAUAUGCAAAGAAAUGGAUCAUACCGCGGCGCAAGUGUUGGUGCGCUAAGCUCCGACGCUGGAGCUUCGGAAGCGCCAAUUAACACCAGUUCUAAUUUUGCGAAGCAGGCCACGAAUUCAAAGCCGCAUCUGACGCAAACAAAAGUUUCCAGGAAGAAUACACUUGCCGAGAAUACCAGGAGGGGCGAUCACGUUGGCACGUUAGCAACGGAAGCUUCUUCUCCCCUGACACGCAACCUAAAUGAGACCUCAAACACGGAUGAGGUAUUUAAUGAGCCAAACUCAUCAGAAAGACAUGCAUCAAACGGUAUAAUGAUAGCCGGGGGUGCAAUUGGCCUUCUGCUACUAAUAGGGGCCGGUGCAAGUGCCGUAGCGUACGAGAAAAAAAGAGCAAGUACUAACCAUAAAAAAGAAGAAGUAAGUUUCGACAUAUACAAGGAUUUAGAACCUCAACAUGUCGAGACAGUGGUUAAGAUCCCUGGAAAGCUUUGGGCUUAA